AUGGCUCCCCAUCCCGUCGACGGCGCCGCCGGUGGACAAUCGCCCAAGAAGCAGCUGCGCACGUGGUGGAAGGAGAGCUCUGUGUACCAGGUCUAUCCGGCAUCGUUCCAGGACUCGACCGGCGAUGGCGUCGGCGACCUCAAGGGCAUCAUCUCACGCGUCGAUCACUUCAAGUCGCUGGGCGUCGACAUUGUCUGGCUGAGCCCCAUCUUUGAGAGUCCCCAGGUCGACAUGGGCUACGAUAUUAGCAACUACCGCAAGAUCCACGAGCCCUACGGCACCGUCGAGGACGUCGACGUCCUCAAAGACAAGCUCCACGAGCGCGGCAUGAAGCUCGUGCUCGACCUUGUCGUCAACCACACGAGCGACCAGCACGAGUGGUUCAAGCAGUCGCGCAGCUCAAAGGAGAACCCAUACCGAGACUGGUACAUCUGGCGCAAGCCAAAGUACGACGCCCAGGGCAACCGCCAGCCGCCCAACAACUGGAAGUCGCAUUUUCAGGGCAGCGCUUGGGAGUGGGACGAAACCACCGGCGAGUACUACCUCCGCCUCUUCGCAAAGGAGCAGCCCGACCUCAACUGGGAGAACCACAAGGUGCGCAAUGCCGUUCACGCCAUCAUGCGCUUCUGGCUCGACAAGGGCGCCGACGGCUUCCGCCUUGACGUCAUCAACUUCAUCAGCAAGCCCCAGGACUUCCCUGACUCAGACCAGGAGGUUCUCUCCGGCUCCGAGCUCUACUCCGCCGGGCCCCGGCUGCAUGAGUACCUCAAGGAGCUGGGUGCCAUCCUGCAAGAGUACGAUGCCUUUAGCGUCGGCGAAAUGCCCUGUGUCAGGGAUCUCAACGAAGUCAUCAAGAGCGUCAAUGGGGACCGCGGCGAGCUGAGCAUGAUUUUCCACUUCGAGUUUGUCGACAUCGACAUCGGCCCCCACGGCAAAUUUUCCCCCAAGGAGUGGGACUUGGCCGACCUCAAGGGCAUCGCCGACAAGUGGCAGCGUUUCAUGUACACUAACAACGGCUGGAACGCGUUGUACCUUGAGAACCACGAUCAGCCGCGCUCCAUCAGCCGCUUCGCCAACGACGCGCCCGAGCACCGCGUCGACAGCGCGAAAAUUAUCUCCAUGUUCCAAGCCUUCCAGGCCGGCACGCCCUUCGUCUACCAGGGCCAGGAGAUCGGCAUGGUCAACGUCCCCAAGGAGUGGCCGAUGGAGGAGUACAAGGACAUUGACUGCCUGAACCAUUGGAAUCUGAACAAGGACUCCAAGGACCAGGACUACUUGAAGCUGCUCAAGUCACAAUACCAAAAGAAGUCGCGCGACAACGCGCGGACGCCGAUGCAGUGGAGCGCCGGGCCCAACGCGGGUUUCACGACGGCCGACGCCAAGCCGUGGAUGACGGCUCACCCGAACCACACGGAGAUCAACGCCGAGUCCCAGGUAUCCGAUCCUAACUCCGUCUUCAACUUUUGGAAGACCGUCCUCGCGACGAGGAAGAAGCACCUCGAUAUCUUUGUCUAUGGUGACUUCAACCUCGUUGACGAGAAGCACAAGCAGAUUGUUGCGUACGCACGGCGAUCCGAUGAUGGCGCUGUCGCAGUCGUUGCCUGCAACUUUUCUUCCGAGACUGUGGAUUGGACGGGAUUGAAGGGCGGCGUCAAAGAGGUACUAGUAACCAAUGGCGGUAAGACGACGAAAGACUUUAGCGGAGGUAAGGUUACACUUGGACCAUAUGAGGGAGCGGUGGUGCUUUUGGAAGCCUAA